AGUAUAUGUUUGUAUCAGAGGGUUUUCCUGAUGAACGAACUGGCGAAGAAUGUGUAUUCAGCUUGGCGAACAGCACGCAGGCGAGCAAAAGCGAGGGCCAAGGGCAUCAAACCCGAAGAACUCGACCAGUACGACCUUGGUGUUUGUGCAGAUGAUGAUGAAGAGGGAGACGAUCUUGAGAAGAAGCGGAGCGCGACAGUUGAGGACCAUACUACACGUUCUGCGAAGAGACGAAAACCUUUCUCCUCAUCAAGCAGUUCCUGCACCCCAUCGCCGUCAGAACAUCAAGAACUAGAGCUUUCUCUCGUGGAUGUAGUACCUUCACCACCGGCAGUAUGCGACAACGACUCGGACACGGCCACCAUCCCAGUACCUCAAAUGAAGCUGAAAAAUCCGCUUGAUGGCAUCACUUCCACCCUUUUCCGAGUCCCACCAACACCACUACCAUCCCCAGUGGCUCGCGAACACACUGCCCCCAUCUCCCAACCCAAUGCCCAUGUUAACGAACCUGUUGGUGAGUCUCCCGGCUCAGAGGCUCCAGUAGGUACCACCACUCUGCCCCUCGUUGUUGCGGCCAUAUCCAAUGGCCAGCCCGAACCCACCCCUGCUGUCUCCAGUUCCAUUAACGGGGCCGUCCGAGUUGAACCCGCUGUCGAAGCACCGAAGAAGGCCAGUAAGGCACGCCCUAGCAAUAAGAAGAAUGGAAGGUGAGUUCUUUUUGCACCGUAAACUAGUGUUACUGACAUAGUAUCUGCACUGGCAGGGACCUUUGCAUUCUUCGUUGGCUCAAACAGGUCAAGAAAGACGGGACUACAUCAGACUUCCGCGUCUACUGGGACGCGCUCGACACGCAACAGCGCAAUGCUUACGAGUCGGACGCUGCGCAAUUGGGUACCUCGAACGUUUGGG